AUGGCUACCCAGCCAGUGGAGAUUUGGCGAGUGUCCCGGAGCGGAGUGAUUACAGACUGCUUACAGCGGAGAGAGGAACGUGCUUUCACUGCAGGCUUCGAUCACAUCCAGAUCUCCAGAUCCAGAUUCACUCAGCAGGCGGAAUGCACCUCGUCUGCCCUUAAUUUAAGACCUAUUCAAACUACAAUUAAGACAUUUAUUACACUGUUCCAGAAAUUUAAGCCUAUUUACAGCCUUAAAAUUAUGAAAAUCUCUUCAUCUUCAUCAUCCUCACAGACUGAGAUCAGUGCAGGCCGCUCUGUGACUCUCUUCUGUCAGUUGUAUUCUCUUGCUGGAGUCUCUUGUGAUGAUUGGAUCCGUUCUGAGGGAAUUGAGCUGUUCUGGGUGAAUCAGGCUGGUGUUAAACUGAAGAUAUCAGACUCCAGAUAUCAGAUAUCAGCAUCAGAUCACUGUAACAUCACUCUGACUACAACACUCCUGAAUGAAGAUCACAACAGAGAGUGGAGAUGCAGUGUUACUCACAGAGAUCGAGUCCAGAGCUCAGUCACAUAUACUGUCAAGAGUUCAGCUCGAGAUGAUCCAGCGUCACCAGUGAUUCCAGUCCACAACACAAAAUCAACUACAACGACACCAAUAACUUCUACACAAGACAUGAUCACAGAUCCAGCAGAAACUGAAGUCAGAAGGACUGCUGGAUCAUUAUUCAGAGUGAUUGUGAUUAUUGUUGAGUUUGCAGCGUUUGCUGCUCCUACUGUGAUUCUUCUUCAGAUCAUCUGUGCAAGAAGAGCUGGGAGGAAGAACUCACAGCACCAGAGGAAAUAGUGAUGAAUGCAAUAUUAGAACAAAAUACUCUCUACAAAUAACAGACCAGAUUACAGCAAGAUUUAUCUUCAUCUCAAUGAUAUUAUGGAUAUUUGCAUGCAGCUUUCAAGGAUAUUUGCUCCAUAUACACAUAAUACAGUACGUGGUAGUUUUCUAGCCUUGAGUUAUCUAAUCCUUGCAUUAAACUUUUUAUAGAGGCUUUUUAAAUGUUGUAAUGGUCCAUUUUAACUGAUGAUGCAACACGUCUGUUAAUUAUCAUAUUACAUAUUUACAGAUGUAUAUUUUUUUAUUCAUUCACUGAUCAUUUAAAUCCAGAGACAAGUCCUUACUUAUGAAAAUGUAAGAUUUUUUCUGUAUUAGCUCUCUGUGUAAACUCUUGAUUACAAACAUCUCAGAAAUUAAAGGAAAAACGCACUAUGUAUUUUCUCGUGUUAUUUUCCCUCCUCUCGACGCUUCACACUCCAGUCCAGCGGGGGGCGCUGUUUGAACCACCAUUAACCCUCAGAGGAAGAAGAUUAGUUUCACUAGUGGUGGAGAGAUGAAGCUUCAUGAAGCUUUUGAAGCUUUGCAGCCAGAUGUGUUGAAAAGUGCUUCAUUUCUGGAGGCUUUGAAUGCAGGCGAGCGCCACCUGCUGGUCGAUGCCAGUAACCUGCAGGAAAACAUUAUCAGGAGUGUGACAGCGUUAAAAUGUGUGCUACAUGGUUCAG